GCUCGAGCCGAACUGGAAGUCAUCGGUGCACUGAGGACAACUGCGCGAUAUUAGAAGCAACAGCAACAGCAGGCAGGCGGAGAAGAUGGCGACGGGGGAGAGCCUUACAACGGACACAUUAGAAACUUGGCUAAAUAAAGUGACCGACCCCAGCAACUCUGAGGAGAGGUGGGAUUGCAUCCAGGGCUUCUAUGAGCUGGUCAACAGUGAACCGGAGGGUCCUCAGACAGCGACCCGGCUGCUCGCCCACAAGAUCCAGUCACCUCAGGAGAAAGAGGCCCUGCAGGCACUCACGCUGCUGGAGGCCUGUAUGAACUACUGUGGCAAGCGGUUUCACAACGAGGCUGCCAAGUUUCGCUUUCUAAAUGAACUCAUCAAAGUUCUCUCGCCAAAGUACCUGGGCUCCUAUAGUCCUGAGGCUGUAAAGCAGAGGAUAGUGGAGGUCUUCUUCAGCUGGACGCAAACACAGUGGCUUAAGGACGAGGCCAAGAUACAGGAGGCUUACCGCAUGCUCAAGAAACAAGGUGUGAUCAAGAAGGACCCCAAGCUGCCAUCCACAAUAGUCAUGCCCCCACCAACAGAAAGACCAGAAUGCUCUCUCUUCGCAGAUGAAGACAAGUCCAAGCUGUUGGCUCGGCUACUGAAGAGCAACAAGCCAGAAGACCUGCAGACGGCCAACCGACUCAUCAAGAAUACCAUCAAAGAGGAGCAGGAGAAGAGUGAGAAGGAGAGCAGGCGUAUCAGCACCCUGGAGGAGGUGGAGAAGAGCACAGCUGAGCUGAGGGACAUGCUGGACCACUACAAGACCAGCGGACAACUCACACCAGAUAUGAAGAGUGUGUAUGAGCGUUGUGAUAAGCUGAGACCGAACCUGUUCCGGCUGGCCAGCGACACCGUGGAUGACGACGAAGCCUUAGCGGUAAUCCUUCAGGCUAACGACAAGUUGACCACGGUGGUAACUCUCUACCGACAGACUACAGCUGACAAACAGGAAGUGAGCAGCAGUAAUGGAGGAGGAGGAACGGGGGCCUGCGACGACACAGUUUCAGAGCCUGUCAGUCCAAUCAGAAGCUACCACCUUAUUGAUUUCUCGGCCCUGGAUGCUACGCAGCCCACCUCCUCCGACCCCUCUCCUCCUCCCCUCCCCACUGCGUUUCCCAGUAGUAAUGGGGGAACAGCAGAGGAGGACUACAACUCCAAUCUGCUGCUGGACGACGACCUCGUGUCCCUCGGUGUCGGUAGUCCCACCACACCCUCCCCAAGUGCCACCGGGUCAUACCUCGAUGAGCUCAUAGAGCUGGAGGAUAUUGUCAGGAUUCCGAAGUACUCCGCCAAAGACUCUGUACUACAGCAACACACCAAUGGCACUAAUGGAACAGGCCCCAUUCUCAUCAGCAGGGGAUGUGGACUGGACUCCAUAUCCCAGAAUGGCUCCUCACCAGCUCCUAUGGCAGCUGACCAAUCAGGAUCUAUUAUGGGUAACCAUCAGAACUGGGCCCCUCUGAUGUCACACUCCCCUUUGAAGGAUGUACUUCCAUCGCUGGACAAGUCACUAGCUGACGUCUUUGUGCCCUUACAUUCUGUGAAGCCAAGUCGCCUGGAGCCGGUGACGGUGUAUGACCGCUGGGGGGUCCACGUCUGCCUGCACUUCUGCCGCGACAGCCCCCCCGCACGCCCCGAUGUUGCCGUGGUGAUCGUAUCCACGGUGAACACCUCAGCGUUGGCCGUAGCAGACGUCCAGUUCCAAGUCGCUGUGCCUAAGAACAUGACUGUUAAGUUGCAGCCGGCUUCAGGGAAGGACCUGCCCCCCUAUAAUCCCCUACUGCCCCCUGCCUCCCUCUCUCAGAUACUACUGCUGGCCAACCCACAGCGGAACUCGGUGCGUCUGAGGUACAAGCUGAUGUUGAAGCAUGGCGAUGAGAAGAUCAACGAGGUGGGGGAGAUAGACCACUUCCCUGAAUGGCACUCCUGGACACAGUCAUGACCGCUCACACUGUGUGUGUGUGUGUGUGUGUGUGUGUGUGUGUGUGUGUGUGUGUGUGUGUGUGUGUGUGUGUGUGUGUGUGUGUGUGUGUGUGUGUGUGUGUGUGUGUGUGAGAGAGAGUUAUUGAACUCUUCUCCAUCCUGUCCCACCCACCCCACCUUUCACACACUUCACUAUGCCAAUUUCUGGAUACAAUACAAUAUGUAUUUAUAUAGCACAAUAUCAGAACUAUGAAGUUGACUCAAAGUGCUGUCAAAUACACGCACAUACACACACACACACGCACACACACACAUUCACACACCAGCUCUGGAGGCUGCCGUACAGCGACCAAUUGUCCGGGGUUUAUGUGGGAAGUCGCCUGAUAAUCAUCGACUUUCAAAUCUCUUCGAGACUUGGUCUGACCAAGAGCAUAACAAUUAACGUUUCUCAAACGACAUGGUUGACCUCCCUCCCUUGUUUUACUACUGGUUGACUGGUUUCCGACAAAGUGGGCGGAGUUCCCGAUUUUUCUGGAGAUCAGAAACGCUAUUUACAUUGCUCUUGGCCGCCUGACUAGAAGCAAAGCCGAAGCUGUUGCGUCACUAGGAGGGCGUGCCCUGGCUAGUGAGUGUGCACACACACACACACACACACACACACACACACACACACACACACACACACACACACACACACACACACACACACACACACACACACACACACACACACACAUACACACACACACAAGUAGAUGUUGAUGUGGAGGAGGAGAUGGUGAUAGUGGGACUGCCAAGAGCACGCUACACAAUAACCAGACAAGAUGAUGCCGUGUCCACCAACAUGACUCCAUCUAACAAUGGAGGCUGCGUGUGCAUGUGCAUGUGCGUGUGCGCGCAUGUGGGUGGGCAUGUGUGUCUGUGCACAUGCGUGUAUGCGUGGGUGGGUGAGUGGUUUUGUGCAUGUGUGUUUAAGUGUCUGUAUAGUAUUUUUGAUAUUCUUCAAAAUAAUAUUAUCUUGAGCCAAUGAGAUCAGUACCAAAUGUGUUUGUGUGUGUGUGUGGUGAGUGGUGAGUGAGAGAGAGGAAAAUACCCUUUUAACCCCCUUCAAGCUGCCUAUUGGCUUUGCAGUCUGAGGCCGCAGCGAUCACACACCACAGCAUGGAAAGCAAAAUGUGUUGAUUCCUCAGGUGUACUAGCUUUAUUGACAAUCUAACUGUGCCAAAUUUUCUCUCUCUCUCUCUCUCUCUAUCUCUCUCUCUCUCUCUCUCUCUCUCUCUCUCUCUCUCUCUCUCUCUCCCCCCCUCUCCCUCAAUGAUAUAUAUUAUUUUCAUCAAGAACAACAGAGGUACCUGCCUUGCCUGUUCACUUUGAAAAGCCAAGGCUUUUUUCCCUACUCGUUUUUUUUUAUUCUUUUUUAUAAUAUAAAAAUAAUAGUAUACUAUAGCAGGUAUUUUGCACUGGACCCUAUUUAUUUGGCUGGAGUUUUUAAAGCUGAUGUCUCUACCGUUGCUGCCUUAACUGUUUUUUUUGUUUGUUUUUUUGUUUUUUAACUUAAUUUUUUUAAUGCACCAUACCACCAUUUAUUGAAGUAUUUCAUUCAUAGUAUCCCACCUCCCCUUCAAUUUAUUUAAACAAUAGUGUUUACCUUUCUCCUAUUCAGGGAGAAAGAUAAACAUAAAAAAAACUCAAUUAUUUAAAUCGAUGGAGAUGGGCAUAUUUUCAGAAAUGUCACCGUAAGCUUUUUAGUAUUCCAAUAGUCUGGCUCAGUAGUUAAGGUUAAGUUAACCUUGAGGUGGUGGUAAAUCAUCUAAUAGAAGGGCCUGGAGUACUCAUUUUCUUACCUAAAUGACACCUGUGAGCUAUCUAUUGUCAGGUUUACCUUCCUGUAGGUUAACUUAGCCAGGUUUAUCGCUUAAUCAUGCUCUUGGAAUACCCCCCUGGCGUUGACGGGUAGUUGUAUACACACUGGUACCUAGACAAAACUUGUCUAUGACGACAGGCUGUCUCUUCACACAUUAAAUCCUCAAAGAUUCAGUGGUGUUGAAAGUAAUGACAGGGUGUUUUUUGUUGAGAAACUAUGAAACAUUUCUCUGAAUGUGUCGUUAGUAACAAUAUUGAGGGUUUCUGUUCAGACUUUUGCUUUCUCAUUUUUGCAAGUUUCAUUGGAAUAGCCCUCCCUCUAGUGUUCAUGUUAUUGAAUUGCUUCUGUCUGUGCCUUAUUACUUAGGAAGACCUCUGUCUGCCAAUGAAUGGGGCUGUCUCUGUUUUGGCCGGCCCCCUCCUUGAUUUUUUUCAGUCAUGUGAACUUGCAGGUACUACCUAGUACAGAUUCUGUCAGUUUUCCGUCUGUGAUCAUUAUAACAUUGUAAGGAGUGAGCUAAUAUUGUUUUUGAAUGUGAAUGAUUAUUUUUAUUAUUAUUAUGUUUGUGCUAAAUAAAUGUGUUUCUUCUAAA